AUGGAGAGGACAGCUGAGGUAGCAUAUGACGUCAAAGAAAGCCACGCUGGAAAUAAAGUAAUUGGGACUGAGCUGAACGAAUUUGCUGUUGAAUUAUUGCACAAGAAAGUUGUGUUCACUGCUCAUGGAUUCUUCCCACUGGAUUGCACUCUACUCUACUCUAUUUUUGGAAUGAUCGUCACUUACCUCAUCAUUCUCCUGCAGUUCAGCCCCAAAUGGUGAAUUACAGUAAUUAUUAUCAUAAUCUA